GGAGGCUUGGCAUGUUCCUGGGUGGACGGGGACCAGUCACUUAGCGAGCCCCUGCCGCCGCCGCCGCCGCCGCUGCUCCUGGGCUGCCUCCGCCUCAUGCCGCUCUCUCCCGCCGCCAGCUGGGGCUCCAACCUGUUCGUGGAGGUCACUCUUGGGCCGCCGGCAGCCUGUGGCUUCCCCGCCUCGCCUCCUCCGCCUAGCAGCAGCAGCAGCAGCAGGAGCAGCAGCAUCUGAGGGUCUCGCCCGCGGGGAGAAGGAGGAGGAGCCGGAGCCCCACCGCCACACACGCCCCCAGGCAGAGCCCCGGAGGGAUUUACUCGGGGUGCAACAGGAGCCGAGGGGAAAAUGUACCUCGACCCAGAGGCCACCAAAGGGGCACCUUCCCGUGAUGUCCUCCUGGUCUCAGCCAUCAUCACCAUCAGCCUUAGCGUCACCAUUGUCCUGUGCGGCAUCUGCCAGUGGUGUCAGCGCAAACUGGGCAAACGUUACAAAAACUCCUUGGAGACGGUAGGAACACCGGAUUCCAGCAGAGGCCGCAGUGAAAAGAAAGCCAUUAAUGAUCUAGACAGAGACUUUUGGAAUAACAAUGACAACACAGUGCAGCAGAAAUGGAGCUCCUACCCUCCCAAGGAGUUUAUACUAAACAUAUCACCUUACGCCCCAUACGGUGAUCCACGACUUUCCCUCAAUGGCUCAUUGCUGUCAGGUGCAAAGCUGGCUGCCUCGGCCACGUCAGGGCUGGCAGGGGGGCGAGAAGGACGCCAUGGGGAGAGGCCACAGCUUCGAGAGGACGGCAUGAAGAGCAGCGUGUCUGCCCACAGCGAGCCCAGCAUUGGGAAGGCGGGGAGAGGCCGAUGGCAAAUGGUGCAGAGCCAUCUAGCAGCAGGGAAGCUCAGCUUAUCCAAUUUUGAGGAUUCCACCCUGUCCACAGCCACUACCCUUGAGUAUAUCCCCACCUCAGCAGGAGACCCGAAAUGCCAGCGCCCGCGCACUCUGUUGCGCCAGCAGAGUCUCCAACAGCCACUCAGCCAGCACCAGAAACCCAACCACAGCCAGCCCACCACCAGCCAGAGCCUGGGUCACCUCCAGUCCCAUUCCAGCUCCACCAGUGGCAACCCCCGGGGCUGUCGGAGUGGGCAGUCACGGCAAGGGACCACCGCUGGCUCCAAGCAAAGGACAGCUGGCGGCCGUAGUCGCUCCAACCCUGGGAGCUGGGACCAUAUGGUGGGGCAGAUUCGGAACCGAGGCUUGGAUAUGAAGUCUUUCCUGGAAGGCCGUAUGGUGGUGCUAUCCCUUGUUUUGGGGCUCUCAGAACAGGACGACUUUGCCAAUAUACCUGAUCUACAAACCACUGGGAACCAGCAGAACCAGAACUCUCAGGGGGACAAGAGGUUACCUUCUGGUGGCAAAGUGGGGAAUGCAGCAGCUGUGCCAGGGCAGACGCAACACGAGGAGACUGACCACAAGACGGAGCCUCGCUCAUCAGUGUCGGAUUUAGUAAACUCCCUGACCAGUGAAAUGCUGAUGCUCUCCCCUGGGUCUGAAGAUGAUGAGGGACAUGACAGCUCCAGCCGAGAAAACCUUGGCCGAAUCCAGUUUAGUGUUGGCUACAAUUUCCAGGAAUCUACCCUAACUGUCAAAAUACUGAAAGCUCAGGAGCUUCCAGCCAAGGAUUUCAGUGGCACAAGUGACCCUUUUGUCAAAAUUUACCUCCUACCAGAUAAAAAACAUAAGCUGGAGACAAAGGUGAAAAGGAAGAACCUAAACCCCCAUUGGAAUGAGACUUUUCUCUUUGAAGGUUUUCCCUAUGAGAAAGUGGUUCAGCGGGUGCUGUAUCUACAGGUUUUGGAUUACGAUCGGUUCAGUCGCAAUGACCCCAUUGGGGAAGUGUCUAUUCCCCUCAACAAGGUGGACUUGACCCAGAUGCAAACAUUCUGGAAAGACCUAAAACCCUGCAGUGAUGGCAGUGGAAGCCGAGGAGAAUUGCUCCUAUCCCUUUGCUACAACCCUUCUGCUAACUCCAUCGUUGUGAAUAUUAUCAAAGCCCGGAAUCUUAAAGCCAUGGACAUUGGGGGAACAUCAGACCCUUAUGUGAAGGUGUGGCUGAUGUACAAAGACAAACGGGUGGAGAAGAAGAAGACAGUGGUGAUGAAGAGGUGCUUGAACCCUGUCUUCAAUGAGUCCUUCAUCUUUGACAUCCCCACAGAGAAGCUGAGGGAGACAACCAUUAUCAUCACUGUCAUGGAUAAGGAUAAGCUCAGCCGGAACGAUGUCAUUGGGAAGAUCUAUCUGUCAUGGAAGAGUGGGCCAGGUGAAGUGAAGCACUGGAAGGAUAUGAUUUCACAUCCGCGUCAGGCUGUGGCACAGUGGCACCAGCUCAAGGCUUGAGCGGUAGACGCCGAGGACUCGCUCUGGGUUUCAGUGCACCAAGUCAACUUUUUUUGGCCACACUCUCACUAAUUUAUGCACAGCGGCUGCACCGAGGUCUCCUCUGGGGGGGGGGGCAAAAGCUUGGGAAUGAUCAUAGGCUAAGGGAGUGAACUUGAAAACACAUACUUUAAAAAUCAGGGUGAAAGUGGUGUUGGUGCCCUAUUGUGCUGGUUCAGCACACAUUGCACCAUAAAGUACAUCAUUACUACCCAAACCUCCUGCUUUUAGCCUUUCCUUCAGACUCCUUAUGUAGAAAGAACAAGAGAGAUAGAGAGAGACCGGAGCAGAUCAGCCCUCCAGCUGAAAGUGGCCUCAGCACAGAAUUUGUUUGGGUUCAGAGUAUAGCAUGAGUACUGAUGGCAUGAUGGGAGGAGAGGGGUCUGCGAUCGCCAUAAAAGACUUCCUAUGAGUUCUUCCAGCCAAAGGCCCUUUGGGGUGGCACCCAACUUUGCAAUGAGAAUGUUAGCCCGCAUGGGUAGCUGCUCAGGCCUGAGGGGGAAUGACAAGGAGAUCACGUGCUUGGUUUCAAUGAGGUUGUUUCGUUAUAAUUCAAUAAAACUUGUUAAGAGUAAUAAGAAUAAUAUAAAUAAUGCUCCUGGCUAGACUUUCUCCUAGCCAGGCCACUCAACAAAGGGGCGAGGAGCCAUGGUGCUCCCACAAGCUCCAUGUGGGUGUGUUGUGUGUGUGUGUUGUAACUAUGCGUGCAGGGCAUUUGUGUGUCACUUCUUGUGUUUAUUUUGGCCCUAGAGGAAUUGUUUUUAUGAAGGUAUUUGAUUGACAGCCCAGCCAGAAUGGAUGGAGAGGUUUAUGCCACGUGGAAUGGAAAAGAGGCACAACAAAUAUUGGGGCUUUGGGUCAGAAGGGAGAGAAGUCAGUGAGAGGCAAGUAGGUCAUUUGCUCUUAAUCUAUCUCUGUAUGGCACAGUGAGCCAGAAGCCACCAUGAAGCACAGGUCACACACCAGAGUUCUGGAUUAUAGUGUUAGAUUGUAGAUUCAGUUCCUUGCUACCAACAAUUUUUUGACAAUUGAGAAGGAAUAUGGUGAUCAUACUCCAAUUUUCUGGAGGUAAACAACUCAGGCUCCUGGCAAUAUCUAAACAUCCUUGGCAGAAGCAGACACAAGUGAUUGGUCUAGUUUAAAAUUUUCCUCCUCCUCCUCCUUCUUUUCAUCAUCAUCAUCAUCAUCAUCAUCAUCAUUAUCAUUGUUUUCAAGCAUCAAGUGGAGAAAAAUUGCAACUCACUUGGGGGGGGGGGUCAGCUCAGAAUUCUGUUCCAACCAUGUGAUGACCAAAAGUGCCCUGCUCCUUAACCCAUUUUGUAAGCUUCUUCCAUGUGGACAUUUUCAGUAGCAGCAUUUUUCUUUGGAUUGAUACAUUACAAAGAUAUCACCCAAAGGGAUGCCUUGUGGGUCCUCAGACGUUUCUGCAAAUAUCUGUUGCACUACAUCUUGCUAAAGGGAAAUAGUUGGAUGCAUCACCAUUGAUCACACCACUCUCCAAAAACCAAAAAUGGUUGUUCAGUGGGGCUGUGCAGCUUACAAGGUGAUAUUGGGAGAUGUAGCUACAGAGAUGUAGCUCCCAAUGCAGGACUUCAGGUCAUAUAUAAAAUGUCAGCUGGGAUUCUAUUUGAUGCUGAUGGGGUGCAAAACUCUGCCACCAUUCAUCUGCUGAAGGUCCCAGCAGCUGAAGGCUUUUCCUUUCCCCACCACCACCCCAGCAAUGCAACACCAGCCAGAAGAUUGACAGGCACAUCACAGUUGGCCAAAAAUGCCAUAUUGAAUAAGGCCAGAGUUGUACCUCAGAAGCCAUUGUACAACCAAAGAAAAGCCUUAUAGAAGAAGGUACUGAAUAUUUGCCCAAUGCCUGAGAAAAUACUUAUGUUGCCAUAAUCCCUUGAUAUUUUGGGCAAUAUUCUUCCCAAGGAGAAAAUACAGGGAAAGACAAUUGGCCCCAGAAUGAUAUUUUAUUAUUCACGUCUCAUCAAAUACCUGACCAGAAGUAGGGAAAUGUCUUCAUUGAGCAUGGAAAAAUAUUGGCAUAAGUUCACUGUUUCACUAUAACUAGAUAUUUGCUAAUUGAUUUGGUACACACAGCCACAUGCGUUUUAACAAGUGAAGUUGUUGCUAACAGCUCUCACAAUGAGAAUUUAGAAAUAACUUGUUGUGCUUAACACAUCAUGUCAAUUUGUUUUCCCCUUUUCUCCAGUUGUUUGAUAGUACUCAUUAUUACUAUGGUACAAUUAAUAAGAGAUUUUGACUCAUUAUUCAUUGCAGAGGUUGACAUCUUUGGUCUUUACAUGUGAAACAUGUCUUCUGAUAUGAAUCUGUGUGCAACAUUUUUUUAUUCUAAGUGUGUGGAAAAGUGAAGGAUGCAGCUAAUCAACAAUGCAGAAAAAAGUUCUGUAUAUGUUCAGAAUCUCACAGAAUAUUUCCAAUUAAGAAUUAUGCAUCCUUCAUUCUCCAUCUGAUCUUCGUAGCCAUGUAUCACUGUAGUUGAGUGGUACUAUGGAUCUGUGUCUUCUAAAUAAAAUGAACACAACAUUCCAUA